CUUGGAAGGGCCCGCCGCCCGGCUCGGAGGCAUCGCCCUUUACACCCAACUCCGUUGGCCAGGGUGGUGGCCCUGGCUCCGGUCCUUACAACAAUACAGGUGGUCCACCGAGUAAUGCGGCCUUCCAAGGUCCAAGCCCUUUCCCCGGUGGCGCUGGUAGUCCAGCCGGGGCGCCUCCUUAUCAAGGACCACCCCCUGGUUCCGCGACCCCUCAGUAUACUGCCUCACCAGCGCCUAGCGGCUCCUCGACACCUGGCCCUGGACCACCGCCCAACUCGUCGGGCUUCCCACCGCCACCCAAUAAUUCCGGGCCCCCGUAUAAUGGGCCCGGGCCGAGUCCAUUCGGCUCGCCAUCUGGCGGGCCACCGCAAUUCGUCGGUCGACCCGGUUCCUCGGGGCCGCCGUUCGUACCUCCGGGAGCGGGGAAUCCUCACUUCCCUUCGCAUGGUCAACCGUUUGGUGGACCCCAAUACGGUAUGCCACCUGGAAGCCCGUUUGGACCUGGUCACCCGAUGACAGGGCCUAUCGGGCCUGGACAUCCAGCGAUGAUGGGACCCGGUGGACCCGUCGACAGGAUGGACCAAGGUCUUUACGCGUCAAAAAUGAAAGAAUCGAAUGGAAUAGUAUGUCAACUCUGCCAGACAUACAGUCAAAAAUCGUUGCCUGUCCCCAGGAGGCAUACUCCGUACUUUGGCCAACCGGACUACAGGCUCUACGAGUUGAACAAGAGGUUACAACAGCGUACAGAGGAGAGCGACAAUCUUUGGUGGGACGCAUUCGCGACUGAAUUCUUCGAGGAUGACGCAACCUUAACCCUCACGUUCUGCUUGGAGGACGGCCCCAAGAGAUACACGAUAGGAAGGACGUUAAUACCUAGGUACUUCCGUUCAAUAUUCGAGGGCGGCGUGACGGAACUUUACUACAAUUUGAAACACCCGAAGGAGUCAUUUCACAAUACCAGCAUAACCCUCGACUGUGAUAACUGCGUUAUGGUUACGCAUCACGGAAAACCGAUGUUCACGAAGGUAUGCACGGAGGGUAGAUUAAUAUUGGAAUUCACGUUUGACGACCUUAUGAGGAUAAAGUCGUGGCACAUGUCGGUGAGGACGCACAAGGAACUCGUGCCUAGAACUGUGGUCGGUAUGCAACAGGACCCGACGAUGCUCGAACAGCUUAGCAAGAACAUCACAAGGCAGGGCAUCACCAAUUCCACCCUCAACUAUCUUAGGUUAUGCGUGAUCUUGGAACCGAUGCAAGAGUUGAUGUCGAGGCACAAGGCGUACGCGUUGUCACCGCGGGACUGCUUGAAGACGACCUUGUUCCAGAAAUGGCAGAGGAUGGUUGCCCCGCCGGGUAAGAGAGGUAGACGAACAGUUGCUUUACAUGAGAAGCACCAGCCAGUGGAGCCAAACGGUCGACCAGUCUACCGCAGGAUUCGUUUUUCGAUCGCUCGACGACGGAAUAUUCCUCGUCGACUUGUUGCCGCGUUCACGGGCCUCGGUUCCAAUCGGUUUCUACGACCAGAACUUUUAUUUCCCCUCCCUCGAGGCCCCCCCAUUAUCUCAUCCUUUAUCUCUUCCGCGCCCACAACCCGUUGGGAAAUCGUAUUUCAUCGCAAUAUUUGGGGAUAUAGAUUCGUCCGACUCGUCAAAUAUUUAAUCGUCUCCCUCCUCUGUGUUUAAUAGUAAAA